AGGUGUGGGCACAGACAGACGGGGAAGGGGGGGAAGAGAGGACCGGCAACAGCUAGUGGUAGGAGGGGACGAAAACCCCUCUGAGUGCCCGGGGUACAGAGGAAAUCUGCUCCCCUUGCUUCGGAGAGCUCCGGGCUGGGGAGGGAGACAAGCCCGAAGGGCGGUAUCCGAGGAGCCCAGCGGGUGUCUCUCACACACACCGGGAAAACAAAACCCGUUAGAAACAAGAAGACAGCGGGGUGAGGCGAGUAACCUGCUGCAGCUCAGCUCAUCCACCGCGAAGACAAAUUGUAGCGGCCGCCGCUCGUGAAUGCACCGGGCUGGCGGGCCGCCUUCGCCACCCAAACAAACCCUCAGCAGCGCCGCGUGCGGCUCCCUCGCCGACUCCUGCCUUUCUGGCGCCCGGCGACCUCGCCUCCUCCGCGGCUCCCCAAGCCACCCGGCGUCACAGUGCCAUCCCAGGCACGAGAAAGUUAGGAGUGGAGUGAGCGUGGGGGCUGAAGAAGAGACUCCCCCUCCCCAGGACUGCGCGGGGAAGGUGGGAUUAAAGGCGGAAAAGGAGGAGAGGGAGGGUGGAAAACUGUUGAAUUUCUGGGUUUGCGCUAGCGACGCGUCUUGGUCAUCCUCGCAGAGGUGAAGGAGAAGCGGGGAAAGUAACUCGGGGAAGUGACCGGGAUUAUUUUUUAAUCCGAGAGGAGUCUUUUGAAAAAGAAAAGCAACAAUUUGCACGCCCUGAAGAGCGAGCUAGUGGGAAGCCUUGCACAGACACAUGCUGCUCGGAGAGCGGGCAGGAUCGUACUCUUCCUCAAGUCAACAGGGUACUUACUACGUUUAAAAAAAAAGCACAUAGUAAACAGAGACGCGUCAUGCAACAGAAAAAAAGGAAGAUGGGAAUGAAGGAAAAAGGAAACUAAAAUCAGGAGGAGGCGGAGAAAACACAGUGACAGCAAAUUACUUCCAACAGAGAGUGUAUGUCUGCCGUGACCCGGGAUUUUAGGGGGUGCGCCCUUACGAAUCACCCCUUUCUCCAACCCAAGUCUCUCUUCUCCACUGACACAGGCUCCUCUGCUUGGUUGUAGGAGAGACGAAGGAAUAAGAGGAUUCGUUCAGCAGCGCCUGCGAUUUGCGGCUGCUGCUUCUUUGGAGAUUUGUUUUGUUCCUGGGGGAUGUUGGUUUCCAGACCUUGACUUGUGCAUGUUGCUCUUUUAAUUUGAUCGCAGAUUUUGGUCUGCUGGUUGCUUGUUUUGCAAGAGAAGGAAAGGGGAGCCUGGCUUCGGUGUUAAAAGUUGCAGUUAUUAUUUUGCAGCUAACAUGUGCACCAACAUAGUCUAUGAGUGGCUGAAGACCCUGCAGCUUUCCCAGUACGCGGAGUCCUUCGUAGAUAAUGGCUAUGAUGACCUGGAAGUUUGCAAGCAAAUAGGGGACCCAGACCUGGAUGCCAUUGGGGUGUUGGUGCCCCACCACAGGCGCCGAAUUCUUGAAGCAGUGAUGAGGUUGAAAGAGGAGGAUGAGACCGCUGCUGGUCUCUAUUUCACCUUGGAGCCUCAGCAGCAGCAGGGCUCGCCCUCUCCCUCCCCAGAGAUCUACACUAGCCACCUGGUGGAGCAGUAUGAGGCUAAGGCUUGGAGGGAGCCUAGCCCUCGCCAUCGUCAGGGGACCCCCAGGAGCCAGAAACUUGGGCCCCGCAACAGGGAGCUGGUGAUUUACCCAAAACUGAAACUGAAAAUCAUGAUUAGGGAUAAACUCAUCCGGGAUGGGAUCAACCUGAGCAAGCCCCCUUACUCCAACAAGGACGGGUCACUGGGUAACAUUGAUGACCUGGCACAGCAGUACGCAGAUUACUAUAACACCUGUUUUACUGAUGUGUGUGAGAGGAUGGAGGAGCUGCGCAAACGGAGGGUUUCUCAAGACCUUGAUAUGGAGAAACCCGAUGCCAGCCCCACAUCGCUACAGCUGCGGUCCCAGAUUGAAGAAUCACUUGGCCUCAGUAGUACUGUGUCAACACCAGAGACUGAAAGAAAGCUUUCCCUUCAUAAAUCAAGUUCUGAAGAAAGCUCUGUAGGGAAAGCGGACUGGAAAAAGAAGAAUAAGUAUUUUUGGCAGAAUUUCCGAAAGAAUCAGAAAGGAAUAAUGAGACAGACUUCGAAAGGAGAGGAUGUUGGUUAUGUGGCAAGUGAGAUCACAAUGAGCGAUGAGGAACGGAUCCAGCUGAUGAUGAUGGUGAAAGAGAAGAUGAUCACCAUUGAGGAAGCACUUGCUAGGCUGAAGGAAUAUGAGGCCCAGCACAGGCAGUCGGGCAUCAUAGACUCUACAGAUUGGCCUGACGGCUCGUACCCAACAUUUGACGGGUCUUCCAAUUGUAAUUCAAGAGAACAAUCGGAUGAUGAAACAGAGGAGUCGGUGAAGUUUAAGAGGUUGCACAAGCUGGUUAACUCUACUCGCAGAGUCAGAAAGAAACUAAUUAGGGUGGAAGAAAUGAAAAAACCCAGCACAGAAGGUGUGGACGAGCACUCACUUGACAGCUCUCCUGUACUGGAUGACAGAUCGGCACUUUACUCUGGAGUUCACAAGAAGCAAGUCUACUUAGAUGGCUCUUCUGAAAAGCAGCCUGAGGAUGACUCGGACUCAUUCACCACUUCUCCUUCAUCCAGCAGCCUAGAUACUUGGGGUGCUAAUAGGAAGCUGGUUAAGACCUUCAGCAAAACUGAUAGCCGUGGCCUUAUUAAGCCCCCCAAGAAGCUGGGGACAUUUUUUUCUUACCCAGAAGAGGAGAAGACCCAGAAGGUUUGCCGCUCUUUGACAGAGGGGGAGAUGAAGAAGGGCCUUGGCUCCCUGAGCCAUGGGGUAAGUACUGAAAGUAUUUGCUUUUAUGACAGCAACAGGCACAAGCACCAUCUCCUGGUGUCCCUGGAGGAGGUUCAGAGUGUCAGGAAGCAGAUCCGAUUGAAGAAAAUGGAUACUAACUAUUCCUGUUCCAGAGCUUUUCUCUGCCAGCGUCCUGCCAGGAAAGGAGCAUCCCCUGCAACUUGUGACCUACAAUUGCUCCGGCACAAAGCCAAAGGGGGAGGAGGUUGUGGUUUCCCAAACAGAAGGCUUCGAGGGCGCACCUCUGUCAGUGAGUUCAAUAUCACCUACGUGGUGGAGAGAAGCCUGUACAGUCACCUCAACCUAUCGCAGCUGGUGCGUCCCGUCACUGACAGGACCCUGAGCAAGGCAGACAAGCAGGACCUGCGGAGAUGCCUGCUGGAUGAGGAUGAGGAGGCCAAACGGAAGUGGGCCGCCACAGUGGACCGUUGUACUAAAAGGGUUCUCUUGAGAAUCCACCAAAAGUCUAGAACCUGUAGCUUUGGAGGAUUUGACUUGACAAAUCGUUCACUGCACGUUGGAAACAACAACAACUCUGACCAAACGGGCAAAGAAGGAGACUUCAUUUAUAAAGAAGUGAUCAAGUCGCCCUCUGCCUCCCGUAUAUCUCUUGGCAAAAAGGUGAAGUCUGUAAAAGAAACCAUGAAGAAAAGGAUGUCUAAAAAAUAUAGCAGCUCUCUGUCAGAGCAGGACUCCAGCCCUGAUGUCAUGCCAGGUUCUCCGCAGUCACCACAGCUAGAGACUGAUUCUCUGGAUAAGCCCAAACUGAAAGCUGGUGGUUCAGUAGAAAGCCUGAGGAGCUCCUUAAGUGGUCAGAGCUCAAUGAGUGGUCAGACAGUGAGCACGACAGAUUCCUCAGCCAGCAACCGGGAGAGUGUCAAGUCUGAAGAUGGUGAUGAUGAAGAGCCUCCCUAUAGGGGACCUUUUUGUGGACGAGCCAGGGUUCACACUGAUUUUACACCCAGCCCUUAUGAUACUGACUCCCUGAAACUUAAGAAAGGUGAUAUCAUUGAUAUAAUCAGCAAACCUCCCAUGGGCACUUGGAUGGGCCUGUUGAACAAUAAAGUGGGCACUUUCAAAUUUAUCUAUGUGGACGUGUUAAAUGAGGAGGAAGAGAAACCAAAGCGGCCCACAAGGAGACGACGGAAAGGAAGACCACCUCAGCCCAAGUCUGUCGAGGAUCUCCUUGAUCGUAUCAAUUUAAAGGAGCACAUGCCCACUUUUCUAUUCAAUGGUUAUGAAGAUCUGGACACUUUCAAACUGCUGGAGGAGGAAGAUUUGGAUGAGCUGAAUAUCCGAGACCCAGAGCACAGAGCUGUUCUCCUCACAGCUGUGGAGCUUUUACAGGAAUAUGAUAGUAACAGUGACCAGUCGGGCUCUCAGGAGAAACUUCUCAUAGAAGGCCAGGGACUGAGCAGAUGCUCCCCCCGGGAUUCAGGCUGCUAUGAAAGCAGUGAAAACCUGGAGAAUGGCAAGACUCGGAGGACCUGUCUGUUGCCCACAAAGUCAGCCAGUGAGCACUGCUUUAACAGAAACCAACUGCCAAGUUAUCCAACUCUGCCUUUGACUAAAUCAAUAGAAGCUCUCCAGCAAGGAAAGAAGGAAAUCCGGUUGAGUUGCUUUCAUCAUGCUCCCAAGAGCUGCAUCAAGCCUUCAAGCAUCACAGGUUUGAAGAAGAACCGCAGAAGUUUACCAGCAGCUGUCUGCCGGAGCUGUGAGACUCUGGAUGGCACCCAGAAUGUGGCCAAGUGGCCAAGAUCUCAUUCACUGGAUGACCUCCAAGGAGAAUCCAGCACUGACCUACCGAACACUAGUAAGAAAGUAGAUUCUUUCCCUCAGGAUGCACUGGAUGUAGCAAAAAAGACAACUGGGUCCAUCCUGAAGCCUAAGGCUCCUGUGGGUGGCAUGAGGGCAGAAGAGACUCUACCUAAGCAAAGUAAAGGAACUGCUGAUUCUCAGAAGGGAAAAGCUAGGAAAUUGGACUGCUCAGUAACAGAGACUUCAUGUGGGACUCCUACUCAGUACCUGCUUAAACGCUGGGAGGCUCCGCCUACUUCAGUUAAACACAACGUAACAAGGACACCUCUGGAAAAUCAUCAUAAAAGCAGUCAUGACCUUGAACGGGCUGAUAACUCUCCAGUCCUCAAGGAAGGUCUGAAAGCUGAGCAAAAGGGCAUGAGCGAGGCAAGAAUUCAGUCAAAAAAUCCUUCACAGCCACCACCAGUCCCUGCCAAAAAAAGCCGAGAACGCCUUUCUAAUGGACUAUAUCAUCCCCCUCUGACCCUAAGUGGAGCCCUUUCAAGUCCAGAUGCACCAUGUUUGCCAGUAAAAAGGGCCAGUCCAUCCAGUCCCAUUGAUUGCCGUGUAGUACCUGCCUGUAGGCCCUCUUCUGAGCAGCCCAGUACCCCACCAAGCACACUGCCCCCUUGGCUAGCUGAGCUUUCUGAGACUGCUAGCAUUCAGCAACAUGUGGUAAAGCUAGGCCCUGCUUUAGCCAGGAAAGUCUCUUGUGCUAGAGGACUGGAUCUGGAAAUGUUGAUAGAAAACAAGUUGCAGUCUGAAGAGAUUGAUCUCACAGAGGAACCAUAUUCAGACAAGCAUGGUCGCUGUGGGAUUCCUGAAGCUUUGGUGCAGAGAUACUCUGAAGACCUAGAGCAGCCUGAAAAGGAUGUUGCUACAAACAUGGACCAAAUCCGGGUGAAGCAGUUGAGGAAGCAGCACCGCAUGGCAAUUCCAAGCGGAGGGCUCACUGAAAUCUGCCGAAAACCUGUAUCCCCAGGACAUAUCACAUCUAUAACUGACUGGCUGGUUUCUGUUGGCCUGCCUAUGUAUUCUAGCUCACUCACAGAAGCAGGAUUCAACACGCUGAGCAAAGUGCCUUCUCUGUCACAAACUUGCCUUCAAGAAGCUGGCAUCACAGAGGAGAGGCACAUAAGCAAGCUCCUGGCAGCAGCAAGACUCUUCAAACCCCUCAAUCCAGAGGCGAUUUAACAUGCUCUGGAAUGUGGCACCUCCUGAGACCCCCGCUGCUUCUUACCGCACCAGUUUUGCCCUAAUUUCUCCACACAGCAAAUGGGAUCAAGCAAGUGGAUCCCAGGAUAGGCAAAUAAACUCCUCAGAGGAUCUUCCUUUUUUCUGUCUUUAGCAACUAAAGGAGAAAAGAAGCAACCGCCAGGUAACAGAAGUGUGGUACUUCCUUAGUCCUCAACAAUAACGUAUUUUUAGUUCUGAAAGUGCACAGGGCUAGCCUGUGGUUAGACAGCACCCCAUGUGACCAUUGAGCUAAAGGGACCCUUGCACACUCUCCACAAGUUUGUGACAGCUACACCUGCUGUCAGCCGUGUUUCUGUUGCAAGGUCUCUAUGAAUAGAAGGCCCUCUGUAAAGCUUGGUCCCAGUUACCUAGAGUCAGCCCUGAAAGCCACGUACAAGCCAAGGUGCAGCUCACUGGCAAAAGCUGUUUAGCAAAUCUUGGGUUUUUUAUUUGCUUGUUUUGUUUGUUUUAGCAAUCAAAUGCUAAAUACAUACCCUUUUUUGUCAUCCUCUCUGUUGCUUGGUAUAGUUCCUGUAGACCAUAGACCCUUUAGCUAGGCCAGAAUAAUGGAUUGGAAUUAGUUUACAAUAUUGACCAUUUUGGUUGUUCCAGUACAACUAACCUAACAGAGUCCAAAACUUCUUUUGUGUAUAGAAUUGGGGUCAUUGUUGUAACUGCUUUCUCGCAACCAGCUUUUUUAUUUGCCUUAAAAUCAGCUUGUCAGCAGUUAUCUAGUGUUCACUUAUCUGUAUCCAACCUUGCUUCAUCCUGUCGUCGUUCCAUGGCACUUAGGGUGAUUUUCAGUUAAAGUAACUUCUAUAGAUUGUCUCGUAACAUCUUGUUUGUAGAGGUGCUUUUGCAAAUGCAGAAUUUCCAUUGUCAGGCUAACUGUUCGCAGCGGUCUGCAUUUGCUGCUGUUAUUAAAAUGUUCAAAGUUAUCUUGCCUUGUAUAUAUGUAACUGCUUUUCAUUUUAAUCAUAUUUUUAUGUACUGUGUUAUACUGUCAAUCAUUAUACUGCAGCUUUGACUUGGUAUCCUGACCAUAUCAAUUCAAAACAUUGGUUUCUUCAAAUGAAAGGUUGCCCUGGGGAAAUAAAAUGCACCGAAGAAGUAAACUGUGUCCCAUAGAAAGUAUCAGAGCAGUAAUUUCACUGCCUGGGGGGG